AUGAGGUUUUACGGGGACGUUGUUAAUGUUGACCUUGGCAGCCUGUGUGGAGGUCGUCUGUCUGGACCAGCACCGCCCCGCGACCGUCUCACAAACCCACAGGUCUUCAGCAGGUCCACUGGAGUCCGAGCCAUGAGGUCUGGCUGUGUUGUCCUGCUGCUGCUGCUGGUGCCACGGUGUGUUAGGCUCCACGCCGCUGCCGCAGGUCCGAAGUGUGGCGGUCCUGAGGUGAGCCGGGCCAUGCUCCAGGCUCUGAGGGUGGUGGGAGGGUCGGAGGCGGUGCGGGGGUCUCACCCCUGGCUGGUGUCGCUGCGGAACAGAGCGCGGCACUUCUGCGGCGGCGCCAUCGUGAGCGAGCGCUGGGUCCUCACCGCCGCUCACUGCUUCACGUCCACGCUGAGGGAGUUCCUGGACAGCGUGACGGUGGCGGCAGGAGAGCACGACCAGCGAGUCCUGGACGAGGAGGAGCAGAUCUUCAACAUCAAGUCCGUCUGGGUCCACGAGAGGUACCGACACUCCGCCCCCAUGAGCUACGACGUGGCGCUGGUGGAGCUGGACGGACACGUGCAGUUCGGUGUGCUGGUCCGACCCAUAUGUCUCCCCCUGCCUGAGGAGCGGAGCGCUCCAGGAAGCGGCUGCAUCGUGGCUGGAUGGGGCCGCACCAGGGAAAGAGGCCGUCUCCCCUUCGUGCUCAGAGAGGUCCCUCUGGAGCUGGUCCACCGCGCCAGAUGCCAGCACGUUCUCCGGACGGUCAGCGGUUCUGAAGUGGCCGGGGACAUGACGGUGCUGUGUGCGGGUCCAGAAAGAGGAGGACGAGACGCCUGCCAGGGCGACUCGGGCAGCCCCCUCAUUUGUCCCACCAGAACCGGUCAGUGGGAGGUGGUGGGCGUCACCUCCUGGGGUAAGGGCUGUGGCCGAAGCUGGUCCAACAACAGCAGAAGACCUGCGUCCAGAAGGGGGUCUCCAGGUGUCUUCACUGACGUGCGACUGCUGCUGCCGUGGAUCAAGCUGAAGCUGAGAGAAGGUACGUCACCAGGCGCUGGACCGUCACUGCUGUUGACCCCGUUUCAGCGGCCAAUGUUCCUGAGAGGAAGGCAUCUGAGUCUCUGGACCAACAUCUAUGAACAGUUGAACAGCUCAUGCUCCGCUCUGUGCGCGUGCUUGUGUGUGUGUGUGUGUUCAGGCCUGUGUGCUGUGAGGGACGGGCCGGUGACCGACAACAAGGGAUUAAUCAGGAAUCCUGACCCCCCUGCUGGUCGCUAUGGCAACAACGAGCUGUGUGUGUGGCGCCUCAGCGUGGCCGACGGUCUCAGCGUUCUGUUGGAGUUUGACCGUCUUCACUUAGAGAAUGACUCUCUCUGUCGCCACGACCGCCUCUCCGUCCUCACAGGGUUACUGAGGCCCGUCGGUGAGACACGCCUCCUGUCGGAGAAGCCGCUCGUGUCGAGUUGCUGUGUGCGGCUUUCAAAAGCUGUGGAUCCCAUGAUAUUGUGUGGACCUGUUUUCCCCGGGCGAGUGCUUCUGAACAAUUCCCAGACCGCAACGCUGCUCUUCUCCUCUGACGUCAGUGACGCAGGAAGUGGCUUUGUUGUGCGGCACCUCGCAGUCCAGGGACACGCAGAGCCUGCACCAGGGUGUGGGACGGUGGUCCUGCUGAAGGACCAGGCCUCUGUCCAAAGCCCAAACUACCCACAAUCCUACAGGGAUGACUGCGAGCUGCGCUGGGUCAUCCACGCUCCCGCGGGUCACAUAGUGAAGCUGGAGUUUGUGGAUUUCGACCUGGAGGAGUCCAGCAGCUGCUCGUACGACUCGCUGACGGUGCUGGCAGACGUGGAGGCCGCGGAGGAGAUCGCGGUGCUGUGUGGACGCAGCCUUCCUCCGGACGUCUUGUCCCACCAGGACGUGAUGGUGCUGCUCUUCUCCUCCGACAGCAGCGUCUCUCACCGAGGCUUCAGGGGCCUCAUCUCCUACAUCAGCCUGUCAGAGCUUCAUGACGGCUCAGAAGUGGAGGAGAUAGGUGGAGGGGAGCGGAGCACCCGAGGCCCAGGACCAUCACACGUGAACCUGGAGGAAACGGCGCCUCUAGUGGACGAGUCCGGUACCAGCAGCCGCCGAGCGGUUCUGCCGGACCCGGUCUCGGACGACGAGGAUGACGCGGGAGAAUCUUCAGGUCAUGAACUUUGAACCCUCAUUUCUGAAGCGUCGGGACACUCUGCAGCUGCUGGUGUUUCAGUGAUUUGCUCAUGGGCACUCGGGCAACUCUGGACUUGAACCUGAAGCUACCGUGUGCUUCAAGCGCUUCUCCAGUUCAUUGUGACAUUGAGACUGUAGAUGUUGACCAAUACAGAGCGGAACUGAUCAAACUAUUCUGACGUGUUGACAUUUCCUCACAAGCUCGGUCAUCCAGGAGAGACUCAGAGUAGAACCUCAGCUCCUCUGAUGCUUGAGUGUGACAUUAGGUCAGGAAGUCUCUCAGGUGACCUCUGAACCCCUUCAGAGCAGCUGGAGGGAUUUAUAUGUGACAGGAAGUCUGGACCUCUUCACGUUGGCUGCUGCCCCCACGACCCCACAUCACAUGGAUGAAUGUCAGUUAUUACACAUUGUUUAUAAAGGUGAGGAAACUACUCGUGGAACAUGUGACCUUCAGAAUAAAAGCUAUUGUUGCAGUACAUGCUACCAUCAAGGAGACUCCGACUUCUAUUUGACCGCUACAUUUUUUAAAACUCAUGAGUUUAGGGUUUGAAAAAGUACUAGUGAAGGUGGAAAACUGAAAC